UUCGACUGACGUGCCGGCGCAGUUAAGCCGCUAUUAGCGUUGCCUCUCACCACUUUCUUCAGCCGCGGACCGUUAGUCGGGUUGAUAGUGAUGAGCCAUUUAAAGCAACAAAAAGUCAAGAUGUUGGAAGUUCAAUUUGUAGGGGAUGAUGAUGUUCUUAAUCACAUUCUUGAUAAAGAAGAAGGGGCUAAAUUUCGAAAAGAUCGUGCUCAACUUUUAGUCAAUGUGAAGAAACUAAUGAAGAAGCAGGAAAAUGACCAAGAUGAAGAUGACCAGGAUGAUUUAAAAGAUGAGAACUAUGUUGAUAUUCUAGGAGCAGACUCCCAAGAAUACUUGAAAAAUGGCUGUGUUGCAAGUGGUGGCAAAGUUUAUUCUUUUCAGACUAGAAAAAAACCUGAAAAGAUGGCAGAACUGGCUUAUGAAAUAGCAAAAACAUCAGGGAAAAGUGUUUCACUGAUAUGUAAGAAUACUGAAAAGAUGGCAAGCACUCCACAAAGUAGCAAGAAGCAAUCCACUUCAGACAAAGACCAAUUGAAGAGUGAUGAGAAAAGUGAAUUUCUGUCAACACCUUACAGACUAAGGAAACGACUGACAGCAGCUCAAACUGACUUAGUAGAAGAGUAUUUUGAAGCUCACAGCAGUUCAAAAGUUUUAACAUCAGAUAGAACAUUGCAGAAACUUAAGAGAACUAAACUGGAUCAGCAAACUUUGCACAACCUGUUGAGCAAGUUUUCUCCUCCUUUUUCUGCUGAGCUAAAACAAUUAAAUGAACAAUAUGAACAGCUGUUUCACAAGUGGAUGUUGCAAUUACACCUAGGGUUCAACAUUGUGCUUUAUGGACUGGGCUCUAAGAAAGAAUUACUAGAGAAAUUUCGUGCCUCCAUGCUGCAAGACUCAGUUCAUGUUGUCAUCAAUGGGUUUUUCCCUGGUAUUACUGUAAAAUCAAUUCUGAAUUCUAUAACAGAAGAAAUCCUUGAGCAUAUGGGAACUUUUCGAAGUGUAUUAGAUCAGCUGGACUGGAUAAUCAACAGAUUUAAAGAUGAUUCUUCUUUGGAACUUUUCCUCCUUAUCCAUAAUUUGGAUAGCCAAAUGUUGAGAGGAGACAAAAGCCAGCAAAUUCUUGGACAACUAUCAUCUCUACCUAAGAUUUACCUCAUUGCUUCUAUUGAUCACAUCAAUGCUCCCCUCAUGUGGGAUCAUUCAAAACAGAGCCUUUAUAACUGGUUGUGGUAUGAAACAACUACAUAUAGGCCUUAUACUGAAGAGACCUCCUAUGAGAACUCUCUACUUGUCCAGCAGUGUGGAACACUAGCUCUUAGCUCCCUUACACAUGUUUUCCGAAGUCUUACUCCAAAUGCAAGGGGGAUUUUCAGGCUCCUAAUAAAGUAUCAGCUAGAGAAUGAAGAAAACCCAUCUUAUAUAGGGCUUUCCUUUCAAGAUUUCUACCAGCAGUGUCGAGAAGCGUUUCUGGUUAAUAGUGAUCUGACCCUUCGGGCACAACUAACUGAAUUCAGGGAUCAUAAGCUUCUGAGAACGAAAAAGGGAACAGAUGGAGUAGAGUAUUUGUUGAUUCCUAUUGACACUGGGACCUUAACUGAUUUCUUGGAGAAAGAGGACAAAGAGGCUUGAAGAUUUCCUUUGAACCUGAAUCUCCUGUGGCAUCUAAGGGCUGCUAUAGAGGGACCUGUGCUCCACUUGCUGCCUCUAUAACCAAAAGCAUAUGUUUACUUACCAGCAGUAGAUUAUUUUUCCAGCACGCAAGAUUUUAAAACUCAACAAAAUGUCAUCAAAUUUAAUUCUUUUGACUGCUCUGAAUAGUCUAUUUAAGUAAUGCCAUCUCAAAUACUAUGCCUAUACCCUCAAACUGGAGAAAAUGUGCCUUUCUUUGAUUACCUCUCUCUGGAGAGUCUUGGCUGGAUAGAGCAGUUUGCUCAGGGACUAUUCGAAACUGAAGGUUUUGGAUUUCAUUUUAUACUAGGGAAGGUGAUAUCCUUAAUUUUCUGAGGGCCCUUUUAAACAGUCCCCAAACUGACCAAUUGCAAGCAUGCGGGUUCCAGAGUAUGAACUACUGAGGUAUGAGCAUUCACUAAAUUUGUUUGUGUGCAGGUCUGUAUCUUUGAGCUGAUGUGCAAUGAGAGUUUUAAAAGUGGUUUUUAUUGUUGUUUUUGCUGUUGUUGUUUUAAAGCAGCAAACACCAAGAAUUGGUGCUUUUGGGGAAGGAUUAGAAAAUGUUUCUUUUCCCCCUUUUACAUUUAUACUAGAUGAGAGAGAGGUGGGGAGGGGGGACACAUUAUUUAUUGGUAGGGGGAGAAACAAAUGUGAAAGAUGGGUGGAUUACAAUAGUGUCCACCUUACCGAGGGGCACACUAACAACAGAGCGUAACCUAAAACAAUGGUUCUUGGGUCUGAGGUAUCUGCUAUCUUGACACAAAUGGGAGGCCAGAUUAGAACAGGAACUGAACUCUUUGAUUAGAUUUUAGUAAUUGACUUCAAUGGUAAAUAAAAAAUUUCAGUAUUCCUGUAUUUUGACUUUUUUUUAAACUAUGUUUCAUUAAUUUCAUAACAUACAGGUAUGUUAAAGAUAAGUGGUUUUAAACUUUUAUUUCCAUUAAUGAAAGUGGAUGUCUUUUUUAACAGUAAAUGAAAUAAAACAUAAAACAAAUACCUUAUGGAUGUUUAGUGGAGCUUUUGUUCUUAGGUUUGAAAGAAAGGAAAAAGGAAGAAUCUCACAUACCUGCUUUAUGGAAAACUAGAGCUACAGAGGCCUUGUCCUUCUGUCUCUUUUAGAACUUCAAGAUCUAUUUUGUCUUUUUUGUGAUUUACCAGUAUAUUCAAGUAGCCCUUCAGUGUCACAACUUGAUCCUGUGGAAGACACUCAGUAGCUUACUGGCAGAUAUUUAAAGUAGUUGCGUUGACUACCCUGAAAAUAAAUGACUGCUGAGAGUUUUGCCAUGAUUUUUUUAAUUGGGCUGUCUCCAAGGGGUGUGAUAGGUCCAAACACUGAAGGACACUUUCAGUAACCACUUUUAUACUGAUACUGAUGAAAUAUAGCUAAGAUGAAAAGGAGCUUUGAUGGAGGA